AUGCUUGCUAAUCGAGACUAUGAAAAGGUUGACAAAUCUGAAUGUGUGAGAAUUGAUGAUAAGAGCUCAAGACCUCAAGUGACAAUAUUUGAUUGUAUUGAAAAUGAUUACACAGUGAUUACCAUGAGGUCAAAAGACAAGCCUAAUUUGUUGUUUGAUACUGUCUGCACUCUAACUGACAUGCUAUAUGUAGUAUUUCAUGGAGUUGUUCACACUGGGAGGAUGGAAGCUUUUUCGGAUGUUAUUGUUAUGAUUGUGGUUGUUUUAGAUUCUUCCUUCAGUUUAACAUCGAUAAAGAACUCAUUUGGAGAAACGAAGGAAUUGCAGAGUGCAUUGGGAGGGAAGGCUGUGAGUUUACCACAGGUGUUUAUUAGAGGGAAGCAUAUUGGUGGUGUGGAUGAGAUUAAGCAACUUCAUGAAGUUGGAGAGUUGGCAAAGCUUUUGGAAGGAUUCUCAGCUCAAGAUCCAGGGAUUGUUUGUGACAAUUGUGGGGAUGCAAGGAUUGUGUCGUGCCUAAAUUGUAAUGGAAGUCGAAAAGUGUUUGAGGAAGAGGAAGGGAAAUUGAGGAGGUGCUCGGAUUGCAAUGAGAACGGAUUGAUUAGUUGCCCAAAUUGCUGCUCUUGA